GGUAUAUCUGGGGUUGCAAAGUCUAGGUCUGCUUACAGGAGAAAAUUAGUUGAAUAAUUAGGAUAAAAAUGCACACAAUUAAGCUCUUUCUUUUUAUCAUUCCUCUAGUUAUUUCUUCCAAAAUUGACCAGGACUAUUCAUCAUAUGAUUCUAUGUCUCCAGAGCCAAAAUCAAGAUUUGCUAUGUUAGAUGAUGUAAAAAUUUUAGCCAAUGGCCUCCUUCAGUUAGGACAUGGUCUUAAAGACUUUGUCCAUAAAACUAAGGGCCAAAUUAAUGAUAUAUUUCAAAAACUCAACAUAUUUGAUCAGUCUUUUUAUGACCUAUCACUGCAAACCAAUGAAAUCAAAGAAGAAGAAAAGGAACUUAGAAGAACUACAUUCAAACUGCAAGUCAAGAAUGAAGAAGUGAAGAAUAUGUCACUUGAACUCAACUCAAAACUUGAAAGCCUCCUAGAAGAAAAAAUUCUACUUCAACAAAAAGUGAGAUAUUUGGAGAAGCAAUUAACCAAUUUAAUUAAAAAUCAACCUGAAAUUCAGGAACACCCAGAAGUAACUUCACUUAAAACUUUUGUAGAACAGCAAGAUAAUAGCAUCAAAGACCUUCUACAGACUGUGGAGGAACAAUAUAGACAAUUAAACCAACAGCAUAGUCAAAUAAAAGAAAUAGAAAACCAGCUAAGAAGAACUGGUAUUCAAGAAUCCACAGAAAAUUCUCUUUCUUCUAAACCAAGAGCACCAAGAACUACCCUCUUUCUUCACUUGAAUGAAACAAACAAUGUAGAACACGAUAACAUUCCUGCUAAUUGUACCACCAUUUAUAACAGAGGCGAACGUACAAGUGGCAUCUAUUCCAUUAGACCCAGCAACUCUCAAGUUUUUAAUGUCUACUGUGAUGUUAAAUCAGAUAGUUCAUGGACAUUAAUUCAACACCGAAUAGAUGGAUCACAAAACUUCAAUAAAACCUGGGAAAACUACAGAUAUGGUUUUGGGAGACUUGAUGGAGAAUUUUGGUUGGGUCUAGAGAAGAUAUACUCCAUAGUAAAGCAAUCUAAUUACAUUUUACGAAUUGAACUAGAAGACUGGAACAACAACAAGCAUUAUAUUGAAUAUUCCUUUCACUUGGGAAGUCAUGAAACCAACUAUACGUUACAUCUAGUUGAAAUUAGUGGCAACGUCCCCAAUGCACUCCCGGAACACAAAGAUUUGGUGUUUUCUACUUGGGAUCACAUGGCAAAAGGACAUGUCAACUGUCCAGAAAGUUACUCAGGAGGCUGGUGGUGGCACAAUGUUUGUGGGGAAAACAACCUGAAUGGUAAAUAUAACAAGCCAAGAGCAAAAACUAAGCCAGAGAGGAUAAGAGGAAUAUGCUGGAAGUCUCCAAAUGGAAGGUUAUACUCUGUCAAAUCAACUAAAAUGUUGAUCCAUCCAACAGACUCAGAAGGCUCUGAAUGAACUGAGACAAAUUAAAAAGCCAACAAAUUAAACAUUAAACUCAUCUGAAGUUACUGUGGUUUCAGAAUCUGGUAUUAAAUCCCUAACAGAAACCUUCAGAAAUAGAUUCUUUUUAAAGUCACUAUCAAGUUAAAAGUAAACAUAUCGUCAAAUCACCUCAAAGAAUACCAUUUAUCUUUCCCAAUCAAAAUUCUUAUGGUAUCAUUUAUUCAUAUGUUUUGUGAUGUGAGAACCAAUUUUUAUGUAGUCACAAUCUGAAUUUUACCCAAUGGGUGAAUUAUUAAGUCAUUUUUUAAUAAAAAAUUUACA